AUGUCACACAUCGAAAUGAGUGAGAAAAAGUUGGAUUGGAGUAAUUUCUCCGUGUGUCGUCCGACAUCACGGUGCAAAAUGGAUGAUGAUGAGGAGCAGCAAGAACCAAUUAUUCCUCCCAUAGCUUUGGAAGUAGCGCUCAAAGGCUACGACGUUCCACGGAUUGUAAAGAAGAGAAAAAACGAAGCAGUUUCCAUCGGCGAUCCAAAUGUCGAAAUUGAGGAAUCUCCAGAAGAAGAAAGAAAAGCUCCUCGUAGAAAGAAAACACAACAAACAUCUUUGGAAUCUUUUGUCACCACAUCAUCCGGUGGAGGUCAGUGGAAGCCGGUUCGUAAACCUCCUCCGUCCAAGAAAAAGGUCGAAGUGGUCAGGAAAAAAAUCGCCAUAGACCCACAAGAAACACCACGUUCUGGUAGGCUUUCAUCAGUUGUUAGCGAGAUCUCUAAAGGCGAGGAAGGCACUCAUGACAGGCAACAGGAGAGAAUGGAAAACUCCAUUAAAAGAGCUAAAAGGAGAUCGAUUAAAAACUAUUUCAAGACCUCUGCUACAAAGUCAUCCAAAGCUGAUGAACCAUCUCCAGACGAAGUCUUGGAUGUUUCUUCAAAAGAACAAGCUGUAUCGCCAGCAGAUUCUACCGAAAUAGCUUCCGCCAUUCCUCCCGAGCAGCCACUUCCUAAUAUCACCGACAGUCCUCCCGGGCAACCAACUCCCAUCACCACCGACAAUCCUCCCGGGCAACCAAUUCCCAGUACCACCGACAAUCCUCCCGAGCAACCAACUCCCAGUACCACCAACAAUCCUCCCGAGCAACGACUUCACAAUACCAUUGACAGUCCCCCCGAACAACAGCUCCCCAAUGCCACCGAUAAAGCUAUCGAAGAGACCGCCGAACCCGAGAGAGAUGACGAAACCAUAACAGUGGUGUCCAGCUCCAGUAACCCUGAAGAUGAUUUAGCGAAAGACGUGGAAGUGGUUCUUGAAGUGCACAGCGCUCCCACUUCACGAACUAAGAAACGAGCAAGAACCAUACAGAGGCAUCGUUCAUUUGGAGAUGCUCAUGCCACUCCAAAGCGAAAACUGCCCAAUCGGUCAUUUUCGAAUCUGAAUCUCGCUAUUGAUGAGGACGAUAUUGAAUUUCCACCCACACCUGUGGUGCGUCGAAGAAGACCGAACGGCGAGAAAAGCAUUUUUGAUUUGGGAAUUAGUGGCGUUAAUGGCGAUGGAAACGUUCCUUCAUCGUCUAAUGUACAGCAAAUGCGUCUUGAAACUCCAAAAAUCUCGCAAAACGAAGAAGAAGAAGACAGCGAUAAUAGUGUGGAACUUGAUGAUGUAACAAUGGUGGCCUCUUCUUCUGCCCCUGCAAAAUUGGCUGAUUACGCAACCCCAACGAAACAACAGCAAAGAAUCGUGGCUGGCUCGGAUAGCCCAGAAGUAGUAGGAAGUGUUGAGAAUGCGCUGUCUUCGCAGUCCCCUAGUAUUUUUGCUGGCAGCUUUGGAAGUAGUAUUGAUAAAGGCAAUGGAAAGCACACGGCUACACCGGAAUCGAGCGAUGACGAGGUUGUUGUGUUAGAAACAGUGCAAAGGACACCGUCUAAAUCGAAGCCUUUGACUGAAUUGCUGUAUUCACCUCGGAAGAUGGAGCUUUCCAAUGCUAAACGACUUGAAACGAUACUUGCUAAAGCUGCUAAUCAUCAUGCGCCUGAACCCAAUCUGCAUAGUUUAAACAACAACGAUCACUGCGCCUUUCAAGUUUCCAGUCUUUCCAGAGGAUCUCCCCCAAAACCAUCCCCAGAGGCUUGUUCUGACACGAAUUUGAACUUUGACACUCCCGGUUUUGUUCGUCUCCCUUGGUCUACGGCAAACAAGAACAAUGGCUUUCACCAGUACAUCGUCAUAGAUAGGGCUUUACGUGCUCUUGUACAUGAUGGUGCUCCUUGCAUUGAAGCUGUCAUAGUUACCCUCAAAGAGUGUGCUCCGUGGAUCCCCUCCUUUGAUGGUCUGAUAGGUUUCAUGGAUGGGUUAUCGAUGAAAGAGGAACGUGAAGCACUCGAUAUCAUGGCUGGAAUCGCUAGACUAGCAGCGAACGCCAAGUUUAUUAUUACAGCGCCGAUUCCUCUACUUACUGCGAAUCGUCCAGGAUCGGUGACGCUCAGUCAGGAACAGUGUGCUUGUCUCCUUGCUCAUGCUUUCUACUGCACUUUUCGACGAGAACGUCGUGAUUACAAUAGAAUAAACUUUGCCAAUAUCUACCAUGGAUCUAAUCCUUUAUCCCAUGUAAAGUUACGCUUCAUUCUCAACUAUUUUUCACUUGUGCUGAAAAAAAUGCCGACGGGUUGCGUUUCCUUUCGGCGAGAGGUCGUCGCUAAAGAGAGAAUACCAAAAUGGGAAACAGAUGAAACUUCGAUUCCAUUAGCCGCCGUCGCCAGCGCAGGAUCUAUCGAAGACUCUUUUGGAUGCUUACAAGUUGAUUUCGCUAACGAAUACAUCGGCGGCGGCGUGCUGAACUCUGGAGCAGUGCAGGAAGAAAUUCGAUUUUUGAUAUGUCCAGAAAUGAUUGUAUCGUCUCUUUUAUGUGAGAGAAUGGGGCCGCUUGAAGCAAUUCACAUAAUUGGUGCACAACGCUACAAUGAUUAUGUGGGAUACGGUGCAACUCUAGAAUGGACUCGCUACGAGAAUUACGGCAGUGAACCUAGAGACGAGUUCCAGAGAAUCAUAUGCGAGGUUGUGGCAAUGGAUGCUAAGUACUUCAAACGUGUUACGAGACCUGCUCAGUAUAGAGUUGAAAACAUCGACAGAGAACUGAAUAAGGCUUACGCUGGUUUUACGACAAGGACAGAAGUAUCGCCACCUAUUGCAACAGGAAACUGGGGUUGUGGAGUUUUUGGUGGAGAUAAAGAACUGAAAAGUCUUAUACAGAUGAUGGCAGCUGCUAAAGUAGGUAGAGCUAUGAUCUAUUACACAUUUUCGAAUGAGAUGUUCGAGGCUUCAAUGAACAAUCUCUAUGAGAAACUUGUGCAGAAGAAGGCAACUGUUGGCAUGAUUUACAAAGCGCUCGUGACCUAUCGACAAGAACGUGAGCGAAAUCCACGGCUUACAGUUUAUGAGCACGUUUACGCUUUCGUUAGUCAAAGUGCCUGUACUACUUCAUGACUCUAAUGUGUGAGAUCACUAAAGUCGCAUCGGUACCCACAGGUUUUACGGGUUGACCUUCACUGUGUCUUUACGUAAUUUUAGGUAGGUCAUGUAAUUGUUCUGCAUGUAAUUUGUAACUUUGUAUCAAUUUCCAAAUUGCUGAUAGUACAUUUAGUC